AUGACCUCGAACAGAAAGAGGCGGUUCAGUGAAUUUGACGAUUCCCAUUCUCUUGGGCACGAUUCAAGAGAAAAGAGGCGAAGAAGGGAGGAAGUUUUUUUCUCACGUGAUCAAAGAACUCGUCGUGACAGCUACAGGUUUGAUGGUCGCGGUACACGCGAUCAAGGCACUCGCAGUGAUAGAAGACGUCGUCGAGGUGCAUGCGAGCAACGUGGUCGUUUAGCAUAUGAUCGUCGGGAACGUGGUCGGGAAGAGGUUUCAAGAAAAAGAGUUGGAACGCGUCGUGACGAGGAAAGCGAUAAGCUUAGCGAGGUCGAGCCGAUAAGCUACAAAGCUUUGGAAGAGAUUUGCAAAUCUAAGCCUCUUGAAAAUGGGAUUGUCGAUCUCUGGAACAAACGUGAAAGAUUUCAAGCACUACUGGCUUCAAAGGAAGAAAUAAGACUUGGUUUGAUGCAGCUCAUUAUCCAAGCCAUACACCUGUGUUGCUCCACAAAGGGAGUGCAACAGUUCUCGGAAGACUUGUUGCGUGUCGUGGUUAAGGAAAACUUUGUCCAGCUACAUCUCAAUAGUUUUGUAAGCCGCAUGCUCUCGUUUUCGUCAACAGAAUUUCAGCCAUUUCAUGUCAUCUCACGACUGGCCGAUGUUUUUCUGGAAAUGAUAAAGAGGUUCGGACUUGACAUUGUUCAUUCUAUACCCAGCGCUCAACUCAAAGAAACUUUUGUAGAGCUCAAUAACAGGAACCGUAUAAACGAAGCAGGUGCUUUACAACGUAAAAUUCACCAGGUAGAGGCCUUAAAGAGAGAGAUAAUUGGCCAACAAUUUGUCCAGUUUGACCAUGACCAACCUGAACGUGAGCCCCAGAGCAACUUUCGAGAUAUCAGCGUUGUUCCACAAGCUGAAGAUCUGAGCGUGAGUAGUAAGCCGUUUCUUCGCGUCAACGUAGUUAACAGGAGUUACAAGGAUCUUGAGCACUACCUUGAUGUACAUUUUCGACUUUUGCGAGAGGACUGUGUUUCACCGUUACGUGAUGGGAUAAGGAGUCUUCGAAAAGACUAUGGUAGUGUUAAAGCAAGUAAUAGUAGCGGAAAUAAGACAGCAAAAGAAGUCCACGUUUACCGUGAAGUCGAAGUACUGUACCCAGAAUGCAGUAGGAAGGGAAUGGUUUACAGAAUCCGAUUUGACUCGCUGCACCACUCCUUAAGAUACGUCAACUGGGAGAAGAGCAAACGUUUCAAGUUUGGCUCCCUUCUUUGUCUUUCCGAAGAUGACUUCUACACUCUCCAUUUCGCAACCGUUGAGAGUCGAGAUGAUAUUUGCCGCGGCGAGCUUGAAGUGCGAUUUGAGGGCGUUGAGCUUGAAGAUUUAAACGGGUUUAUUGAGGCAAAGGUGAAGUUUGAUAUGGUGGAAUCUCCAACUUUCUUUGAAGCUUACCGUCACGUGUUAGAAGCUUUGAAGAAGAUUGAGCCAGAUGAAAUGCCUUUUCAAGAGCACAUAGUGAAGUGCAGUCCUAAAGUGCGACCACCUGUUUAUGAACAAAUAACGAAUGGUUGCUAUGACAUGAGAAGCAUUCUACGUUCUGAUUGGGCUCCACCUGAGAAUAAUAUUUGGUCUUGCGCAGACGAUGACAGUGUAGCCUCCAAUGACCCAAGCGAAGAUUUUGAUGACUACAGCAUGCAGUCCGAUGGUGAAAGUAUGGCUUCGAACUACGAACUCAGCAUUCACGACUUGCUUUACCACCGUGAAAGCCUCAAAUUAAAUUCUUCACAGCUGCGUGCAUUUCAGACGGCUCUAACGAGCAGAUUUGCCGUCAUUCAAGGACCGCCAGGAACUGGAAAGACGUAUGUUGGAUUGAAGAUAGCUCAAGUUCUUUUACAGACCACUGCGCUCUGGGAGAAUGAGGAAGAACGGGCACCAAUCUUGAUGGUGUCUUACACGAAUCAUGCCUUGGACCAGUUCUUGGAAGGGCUGUUACCAAUGACAGGUAAGAGUAACUUUACGUGUGCUAUAAACGUUAUAUCACAUGUAACGAUUGACAAGACACCUGUUGAUAACGAGAUAACAUGGUACCGGUGUAGUGUCAGUUUAGUUGAAUUGAAGUUUAAUUAGUUUAGUUUCAGUAGUUGUAAGGUUUACAGCUAUUAUCGAUAGAAGAAAAGUUUGUGGCGAUCUAUUGUACUUUGGUGCUAAGAAACAUGCCCUCCUAACAAAACUUCAAACUACACGUAAGUGUGUCUUAUUUACCAGAACUGGCUAGGGGACUCUUCACUUCAUAUAAAUUUCUCACUUUACAUUAUGGUGAACUAAUUAGUUAGUCAUUACCACAACUGAUUACCAAGAAUGUAACAUAUUGGUUAAAAGAGGUACACAGAAUGUCACACUUAAGAUUUAGAUUUUUUUGUGGAGAACUCUGAGGCUAGUUAUCCUCCCCUUUUCAUUGUUUCCAAAACAGAGCCAACAUAUUUUUGCGUAAUGUGGUUACAAUACGUAACCAGAAGAUUAAAAUGUAACAAGAAUAACACUCAAAAUAGUAGUGACCAGCUCGCCCACGUUUUGCAGACCUUGUUUGUUAUUAGUACAUUUCAGAAAAAUACUCUCAAAACCGUCAAAAGACAUAUUGUCCUCUAUAACGUCCAGAUAUGGCAGUUGGUUCGCUUUAGACAGAUCAUCCGGCCUAGAGUCGAUAACGAAAUUAACUUCCUUUAUAUUGUACAUUGGCCAAAGUCAAAGCUCUGGUUUUAUUAACAGGUAUUGUCCGUGUUGGUGGACGUUCAAAGAGCAUGAAACUGGAGCCUUAUUUCCUAAAAUUUCUUCGUGAACAAGCUCGUGAAAGCAAAGAAACUCCCGGAAGAAUACUCAGAGCGAGAAGAAAAGCCAACAGGAAAAUGAGAGAGAUCAACGAGAAUGGAGGCCUAGAGCUAUCCACGACCGUCCUAAAAUUUUCACGAAAAGGAGUUUUAUCGUACAUUGUGUUGAAGCAAUUUAUGUCAGAGCGUCAUGUUAAAUGGUUUGAAAGUGACAAGAGAAAGAGUGCUGUUGAUGUGUUCUGCGAGUGGCUUGGAGUGGAGAGACGUGUUUCACGACAAGAAGUUGAGGACAGUCGUGAUGGUGGGUAUGAUAAUGAAGAUUUUGAAAUGCAAGUAUCACUUCGUUACUACACAGACGAAUGUGAUGUUGACGAUGAAGAGAGCACGAACAUAAACCCAUCAGAUGUGGUUAUUUGUGAAGUAGAAGAUGCUGAAACGCCCAGAGAUCUACGCAGAAAACUUGAAGAUGAGGCAACAAUGUCUGAAGAAGAAGAAGAAAUACAGGUGUCUUUCUUGCAAAGUUUGACUGAACAGCAGCGCUGGAAACUUUAUAGGCUGUGGCUUAAGCGAGCUUUGAAACAUCACCUGCAACAAGUACAGAGCAAUCAACCAGAAUACGAGAAAGCAUGGCGUCGAUUGAAUGAGUUGACAUGGGAAGAAGAUUACAAUAUUCUUCAAAAAUCACGCGUAAUUGGCAUGACAACCUCGUGCGCUGCUAGAUACCGUCACAUUCUUCAACGCCUCCAUGUUUCCCCUAGAAUCGUUUUGGUUGAAGAGGCUGCUGAAGUACUGGAGGCUCACAUUAUUACGUCACUGACCAAAAGUUGCCAGCAUUUGAUUCUGAUAGGAGAUCAUCAGCAACUUAGGCCCAAUCCCUCUGUCUAUGAAUUGGCCAAGAAAUAUAAGUUGGAUGUGUCAAUGUUCGAGAGAAUGAUAACCGUUGGAAUUCCUUGCGAAAGACUUUCCUUGCAGCAUCGAAUGAGGCCCGAAAUUGCUGCCUUGAUGAAGCACAUCUACCCAGAUCUUGAGAAUCACCAGUCUGUGGAAAAAUAUGAAGACAUAAAAGGAAUGAAGAAAAACAUGUUCUUCGUUAACCACAGCUUCCUAGAGAAGUCCAGUACAGAGUCACUCAGUCACACGAAUGAGCACGAGGCAAGAUUUCUAGUUUCUCUGUGCCGCUAUCUACUACAGCAAGGCUACAAAGCCGAGCAAAUAACAAUUCUUACCACUUAUUCAGGACAAAUGUUUGCUAUAAGGGAUUGCCUCAGAAAUGAAAACGAUCAAGUGAUCAAAACGGUACGGCUGACAACUGUUGACAACUUUCAAGGUGAAGAAAACGACAUUAUCCUCCUUUCCCUUGUGCGCAGUAACAAGAGUGAGAAAGUUGGUUUCAUCAAAAUUGUCAACCGCGCAUGCGUGGCUCUUUCCCGUGCCAAGAUGGGGUUUUACUGCAUUGGAAACUUUGAACUUCUCUCUAAAUACAGUGAGUUCUGGAGUAAGAUUGUGGCAGAUCUGAAAGCGGGUGGCAGCAUUGGAAAUGCCUUGCCUCUUGCAUGUCAAAUUCAUAGCACUGAGGUUUUGGUGAAGACGGCCAAAGAUUUCAAGAAUAAAGUUCCUAACGGAGGUUGUUUGCGUCCGUGUAAAGUGCGUUUACAAUGCGGCCAUGCGUGCAGAAAGUCCUGUCAUCCCUAUGAUAUCGACCAUGUGCAAUACCGCUGUGGAGAGCCUUGUCACAAAAACGUCAGUGGUUGUGCUCACGUGUGUCCUAAUCUCUGUUGCGAAGAAUGUGAAAGAUAUUGUAAAAUUCCAGUUCAGAAAGGUCUACCAUUAUGUGGACACAUGCAAACGAUGGAUUGUGGUAAGGACCCAACGCAGGUUGAGUGCAAAACGCCAUGUGAGAAAACACUUCCAUGCAAUCAUCGAUGUCAAGAAAAUUGUGGCAAACCCUGCACGAAACGGUGCAAAGAGUUGGUGAGGAGGAAUGAUUGGCAAUGUGGACAUGAAGUUACUGUUGCAUGUUCCGCCACGCCUGCUGAUUGCCCAGUCCCUUGUAGGGCUAUUUUGAGCUGUAAUCACCCAUGUUCUGGAAAGUGUGGCGAAUGUAGAAUAGGUCGCGUACACAAACGAUGCAAAUUAAGGUGUGGUCGCGUGCUGGUUUGCUCUCACGUUUGUAGAGAGGCCUGCGUCAUGCCAUGCCCACCAUGUAGCAGAAAAUGUGAAAACUGUUGCAUACACAGCGAAUGCAAGAAACAAUGUAGCGAACCCUGUAAUCUCUGUCUAGAGAAUUGUGCGUGGGAGUGUGAUCAUUACAAGUGUUCUAAGCUGUGUGGUGAGUUAUGCGACCGGCCUAGGUGCAACCAGCCGUGCCAGAAGGUCUUACAGUGUGGAGGUCGCCGUCGCCAGCACGUUUGCCGUGGCUUGUGCAAUGAGCCGUGUAUAUGUAGAGUCUGCGACGUAAAUGAUGGUCAGCACAUUACCGAGAUUUUCUUUGGCACAGAAAACGAGGAAGACACUCGGUUCAUUAAAUUGCCUGACUGCCAACAUAUUUUUCCAGUCGCUGAUCUAGACAGGUAAAUGAAAGUAUGUGUAAUGUUUUUGAACAUCAUUUUGUUGAAGCCUCCAGCUUACCUCCGGUAAGUGAUAAUUACCUCAACACAGUUGGGAGGGCCCACGUGGCACUUAGUUUUACAGUCCAUAGACCAGACAGUUUGAGAGGUCGAGGUGUUCCUGACACCUUCUAGUUGGCUUGAAUCUAUUUUAAUGAUUCCGAUAGUUACUUUGGAAGGUCUUGUUCCCCGAACUUAAGAAAUUUUCCUUCAUCUCUCUUCUCUUUCAUUUCAUAGGUACAUGGACUCUUCCGAUGAUGAUGGUGGUGGUGCAAAUAAUCACCUGAUCAAAAUGAAGACGUGUCCUCGUUGUAGUACUCCAAUCCGCAAAAGCUUGCGAUAUGGCAAUGUUAUCAAACAGCGACUGGAAGACAUCGCAAAAGUGAAAAUUGCAGCCCAUGGAAAUCCACAAGAAAUAAGCGGGACCCAGGGAAGACUACUGGCACGUUUAACCGAACUACGGAGAUUUGAUGUCAACGAUGACCUUGCCAAGGAUCUUGAGAGGCUAGAGCGCAGUGUUAACAGACUGGCGAAAGGAACAAUGGCAGCUGUAACUGAAAACCAAGUGACUCUGAUGGAGCGGUAUUGUGCGAUGAACGAGAGGAUAAAUAAACACCUCUGCGACUUACAGAAGAAAGUAGCCUCAAAGUGGCACAACAAGCAACACCUUCAUCUGGAAGGUGGGUAUUAUUUCUUCAGUAGUUAUGUCAAUAUACCCUCAGACUCGUAUCACUGCUGGUAAGAAAACAGUCGGGUGAUACACGUAAUGCCCUUGGCAUACCGUCUAAGGUAAACAGUGUACCAUUAAAUGGCAGGUUGUUUAGACGUUAGAAGUUUUAAGUCUACAUCUUGCUGACGUUUUACCCAUUGAAAAAUAUCGCAAUGAUUAGUGGAAGUCCUUGGCACAUUAUAUUUCUGAAAAGUUUUUAUGAUGUUUCUAUAAAGAUAAGAUAGUACACCACCACCACCACACCAAGGCUCUCCUGCAGAACCCACAAGCUGGCUAAAUGGCUUACGCGUAUGCCCUGUUCUAUCUUUUUCUCUUAUUCCUAAUUUACUGCUUUUUUACCAAACGUUCUAGAGAAUGCCUUCUUAACUCCAUUUAUUUUGGAAUGUUUAUCUCUAGCUUCCGCGUGUAAAAAGGAGUUGGAUUUCUUAAGAAAACGCUUUACAGCUGCAGGCGUUACGGAGAGAGAACUUCGAGAGAUCAACGUAGAACUCACGAGACAAAAGCUGCAAUUUGAACUGCUCUUAUUACAGUACGAUGUCAGGAAAUUUGGUCUUAAUCUCAAAAUUUGUUACAACGACGAUAUGGAAACUGUCAGAAGUGAGCUGUCUAGUGGACGAUUAAUACCCGAUCGGAGACUUGACCAACUGCUUGCAAAGUUGAGUGUUAUCAGGUAUUUUUACCAUGUUUCUAUGCAGUCUUAUGAUCUUUUAUCGUUAGGACAGUUUUUAUUUUGUAGUCACUUUAGGAUGACGCUGGUGACAGUGUAAUGUCUUGAUAAGGACUAGGGUGAUCACGUAUUUUUCCGAUAGCCCAAUUGUCUGCAGGGGUGUUCAGAAAAGAGAGCUCUAUUUUGAAGGGCACCCAAGUAUCCCAAAGGGUGUUUGGACGAUGCUGAUAACGUAAGUUUCCCUUGAGAACAAGAAUAUACGCUGAAAACGUUGUUGCAACUCUAAGGACUCCUUCGACUGGAAACUCUUAGUUUCAAAAAAAAUUUAAUUUAUUUCUCAGUCGUCCUCGAACCUGAUUUCGUGUAUAAAUUUGUCUGAUAACAUAUGUCCUUGGGGAAUCCGAAUUUGAAUUUUAAAAAGCCUCUUAGAAAUCGAAGAAGGCCAUUACAGAAUAGACAAUCAGAUACCGUAAAGUUUCCAAGGUAACGACCUCCCGAAAGUAACGAUAAAAUUGUACAGGUGUUAGUAAAUGCUAAAAGUAGCGACCGUCCGAAAGUAGCGACUUCAAAGUGAUUUCUCUUCUUUAUAGAAAUGACGGAAAUUAUAGUUACAACAAACUUUACCAAACUGAUCCCAGAUUUAUUUUUUAACGGUUACAUCAUCUUUGACAUUUUUUUAAUGUAACUCAAAAGGUACAUUACAUAAUUUUUUUCAAAAGUCUUCCUUUCGUCUGUGAAUACCCAUGCCGUAAUCAAACAAUUCUUUUGAAUGAUUAUUUAAAAAGCAUUAACACGAAAUAAGUUUUUCCAAAUAAAAAGUGUGGAUGUUUUCACAAUUGUCGCGAAAUUAUUAUCUCUUCUACGGUCCAUGUACCCGAAAGUAGCGACCUCCUGAAAGUAGCGACCCUCCAAAAGUAUCAAUAGGAAAAGGCUGCUAAAUGCGAAAAGUAACGAGCUAGAGUCGUUACUUUCGGAACUUCACGAUAUGUUACUGUAAUUGACUAUGUGUUUCUCUUUAUUAUCCCUUUCAGAGAUAAGUACCGCUACCUAUCUCCGAUAACAGAAGAAGAAAAGAAAGAGAUCGUGUCUGCCAUGAAUCUUUCUCAAGGCCGCUGGUACAAAUGUCCACAGGGACAUAUCUACAAUAUUGGUGGGUGUGGUCGAGCUAUGCAGCGAGGCUCGUGCCCUGAAUGUGGGCUGGUGAUUGGUGGAUCGCGUUAUCGUCUCUUUCUGGGAAACACACAAGCCUAUCAGAUGGACCGGGUGGGAAACAGGUUUGGCAGCCUGAGGAAAAAUACGAAAUGAACAGAACAGAUUAAGAAAGGCGCAGUGAUGGCAGAAGAUUGUACAUAAUACCAACCUCGUGCCCAGGGCGCUUUUCCCUGGCUUAGGAGAUGGAAAAGAUUCCUGGAGACGAGGUUGAUACAAUACAAAUUAAAAAAUACAUUGAGAGAAAACUCUUUUCUAGAAUUAAAUUAUUAGUUCUGCAGGUUAGGGUGAUUUUUUCGUAUCGGAGAGAUAGUUUAUUCUAAAGAGUUAUCCAGAAAAAUGGCUUUUAUUAAGGUAGAAAUUAGAUUUAACGCUUUCUGAAAUUCGUUUUAAGUGAAUAAGGUCAUUUCACUUAAUCAAAUCUAUCAGUUUCAGUGAGUUUAUUAUGGAAAUUUCGCAACUAAUCAGACAAAGGUUUCGUGUCUUAAUUGCAGCAAAUGUGAUAUGAUGCCCUGAAUACUAAACACUGUGGGAAGUUUUAGUUGUUAUACCUCACCAGGAAAAACCCUCCUAGCCUUAUCCAGGCUCUCAGAUAGUGGGGAAGGGGCGCAGAAAGGGAGGCGGCGCGGGAAAAAAGGAAAAAGAAGGGAAUUUCCUCCCGUUUUAUUUUUCAUGUUCGAGCUUCCUCAAUUCCGCGGACCCGACUAUCUCGGAGCCUGAAACAGGCUAACCACCCCCUUUUCCUUUAGGAUUGCUCAUAGCGCUAGAUAUUAAUCUGGACGUUUGGCGUCUCCUUGUAUAUCCACCACCAUUCACCUCUUUUUCGGUGGUUGAUAGUCGUGUAGUAUCAAUGAUGAUUUACAAAACAUUACUAUUAUAAAAGUGGAAGCUGAGUGUAAUAUAACAAACCUCUAUAUAACGACUUCCUCGCUAUAACAAGCGAUUUUCUUUACCCCAGAAAUGGUAAAAUGUGUGAAAAGAACCUCAAUACAACGAACAAAUUUUGCCAGACCCUUGGACCUUCGUUAAACCGAGGUUCCACUGUACCAGCUUUCAUCACGUUUCAUGAAGGAGUGUGGACGGGUAAAGUUGAGCUCUAAAGUUGGAAAACAGAAUACUGAGUUUUUCAAACAAGAUCAGGAACUACAAGUCACCUUUAACAUGUAAUAUUAUUUACGUACCUAAAAAUGAUUUUUUUACUUUUAUUUUUUCCGAAAAUAAGGAUAGGAGUCGCAAGUUAACUGAAAAUAAUAAAAAACACAUGAAGUAAAAGGACGAGAGUCAGCCAUGAUGUGCUACGAGUGUACAAAAGGACUGGCCUGAUUAUCAGAAAACACAACACAACACUACUCAGUAUGUGUUGGUCUAGAUGUAAGUUUGAAAACAUGUCACCAAAUGAAUUAAGCCCACGUAUCAGGCGCUUGGAAGUUUUUCGGAUGAAAGGAAGAACGGGCGCGCGAGAGGGAAAAGCGGGUUUCACUCGCGCGCAACUUUCUUUUUUGCCCCCACUACUUCCUAGCGCCUGCUACGCAGACUACAAAUGAUUUUUAAGUUUUUACAGCUAAAAGGGCUUCAAUAAAGGAUUUUACAAGGUGUUAUUGAGUUUCCCUUCCAAACCUUUCUCAAACUAUGUAAAUUCCCCUUAAAAACAAAGGAAAACACAAAAACAACAACAACAAAAACAAACAAACAACCAUAAAAACAAAAACACGAGUUAUUUUAUGAUGUCCAUGUAGACUGUUUACAGUCCCCCUAUUUUUUUUUUCGUAAAAUUUUUGGAAUCAAGGGCCUACCGUUACCGUUGACUGGGGAUGAGGAUCAAAUCUACUUAGUGGGCAUGACUCUGUUUGACCUUUUUUCUUCUCUCUAACCCCACCGCUAGAAUCCACGACGGCCGCCCCUCUGUGCAUUUGAAACCAAGUUGGCCGUCAGUAACUUCGAUGAUAUUACGAUAAAAUACAAGAAUCUAAACAGUCUAGAAAAAAUUUUGACUUCCGUUCACCGGUUCUGUUCAGCUCUGUGUGAAAUAUUCAGUCCCAUUAACUUUGACUCCUGCUGAAAGAGAGGGCUGAGAGGCCUGAAACUCACAAGAAAGAGAGCGCAUUUCUAUGCCCCUACCAAACAGAAAGGAAGCGCUUCAAUGAAGGCAGGAGUUUUCUCAGCUCUUCCAUAGGAGCAGGACUUAGUAUAGAGUUAGGUUUCUAAGAUGUGGCUUCUAUUCAGAAAGGAGAAGAGACAUAAUAUGGAAUAUAGCUCCAGUUUUACAUCCACUUUAUCACCUACUUUAUCAUUUUCGUGUUUUCUUACUCAGUUUCCUUUAAAAUAAUUCUAGGAUGGCUUUCCCAUGAAAACUUGAAGAUAAUCACGUCUUCUCCGGAAUAUUGGGGACAUUUGCUCAAAGCGUCCAGUUGGUUCGAAUAUUCAAAAACGCCAAUGGUCAUUUCGACAUUUGAACUGCAAAGGACCAGAAACUAAUAUGCCGCAGAACGUAGGAUAUACAGAAGACCUGAUACGCAAAAACAUACACUGAGUAGACCCAUUGAAUUCUGCGAAGCUGAUCGUACAUUUCUGCUAUUUUCACUGUUAUCAAUUAUCAAUUAUUACAGUUAUCAAUUACUGGCCAUGAACAGCGAGAAAAGAAAAAUCUUUCCGUUUUUACUUCGAAAACUAACCGGCUGUAAUUUGAAACAAAUGUAUUGGCAAUAACCAAGACAGAAUUAUUCUUUCUUGCAACAACCCAGAGGGAAGCGCUGCCCAUGAAUUUUUAACGUUUUUAGCGGGGAAAAUCGAGGCUUCUAUCCAAGGGGAAAUAUUUUCGAGGCUUAUUUUAACAAAUAUUUUGAGCGAAGUAGGGCUUGCCAGAGUGUAAAUUUGUCUCCACUUACGUGACUAAGUUGAUCGUUCUGGCCAAAAAUGGAGCCAUUACCAAUUCGGGCUACCUUUCACAACGGCUGAGAAACAAGGAAUUGCGUGCCUACAUUCACGUUCAGGAGUCUGGGUAUGAGGUCGUGAUGUCAGUUUGUCAACAUGGCGAUGACCUGAUGUCCCAAGCGAGGACGGUGAUUUCUCCUCGAAGGUGUGGAAAAUGUCCUAAAAAUCUUGAACUUGGAAUUAAUAUCGUAAGAUGAUAGGAUGUAUUAACCAGUAUGGCAUCCAGGUGAGAGAAAACUAACACAACUUCGCUUUGGAAAUUGUUUGCAAGUCGAAGUGAUCAGCUUAGUCGAUUGUUCAUUUCGUGUAGCUUCGAGAGGGAUUGUUUAGCGAAUGUUACCGUUGUCAUGACUUUAAUUUUUCGUUCCUUUCUAGCAUGGGAAAUGACCCAAAGAUGGAGAAAACACCCGAAGAAAAAGGUACUUUCUAUCAGGAAUAAGACAACUCUUUUUUGCAAUGAUUGACAAGUGUUUCUUCAAGACAUCCCCCGCUUUCCUCAGUUUUCCGCUACACUGGGCCUAAAGGCUUAAAUGAAAUUCUUGAACCUUGACGUUUCUCACUCGAUCUAGUGACUAUUUUCACUCCUCUGUAUUAAUUCCGUUCUCGAGACUGCAUUAAUACUUUGCUUUGCGGUAUAUUUUAAUCGAUAUAUAUGAGGUACAACCUCGUUUGAUAAGUUGAGUGCGUAACGAAACUUCUAAAAAUAAGUAAGCUUUAUACAGUAGACGUUGUCUCUGUAAGCGUAUUAAACAAUCUCGUUCACGUUUGCGUUUCGUUUUUUUCAAACAACCAACAAAAGUAUAGCCAUCACGAGGAUAUAAGAAACAAAAUAAUAAUAAUUCAAAAUAAACAAAAUAGACAAGAAAGUGGUUAAUGAAUUACUAAAUUAAAUUAAUGAAUCAAUUCAUGCAAAAACUGUCCAGUCCAGCCUUGAAGCCUUUGAGAUUUGGCUGGGUAUUGACUUCGGGAGGUAGGCUGUUCCACAAGUUUAUUGCGGCAGGAAGGAGACUCCCCUUGUACACGUUAGUGCCAUGCAAUUUUUGGAAAAGCAUUAUGCUACCUUUCGGGUAAAAUAAUCAGAGGACAUACUACGCUAAUGUAAAAGAAAACUUCAUUACCUAUGGUAAUGUUGUUUUGUGACUUUGACAUUGUCCUAACUCAGAGUUUAGUUUACUCAAGUGAGAUUAUUAUUCUUCUUUACUGUAAGAUGAUUGACGAUAAAAAAAUUCUCCAGACAUAAUGGUCCCAACACGUGGGAUUUCAUUGGAUACUAGCAAAUUUUGGUUGGCUAAUGUCCGAUGACCCAGUGUUAUUUGCAGCCCUGACAGCAACAGCCUUGCUCUUUCUUGUCUUAUCUUUAAAAGCACCCUGUAAACUAGUCACUGUCCUCAGUUUCUCUAUCUCAGCCAUUCAUGCAGAAGUGGGUGGCCUUGCGCUGUACAGCCUCUAUACUCUUAUUUUCUGGUACUGAUGAUGUGGUAACCAUACAGAACUGGUGUAUUCCACAUCUGGACGGACCAGAGUGCUGUAUGAGAGUGCUGUAUGCUUGGACUUUCACUCACUCUGGAUACUGCCUUACAUUUCUCUUGACAAAGCCUAGUGAUCUAAUUUUCGAUAAUUUGUAGCAAGAGUUAAGCCUAUAGGCACUUUGAAAAAAUACUAGAAAAAUCGUAGAGAGAAUUAACAGAAAAUGCUGUGCCCAAGCAUUGAGACAUAAAAGAGUUUCAAAUUACCGGUACACAAACAUGUAAGUCGUUAGCUACAAUAGACAGUUUCAACUGUUAGGAAAGAAAAGCUUCUCUUCCUAGCCCCUACAGGGACAUAGCUAGGAUUUUUUUUAUUGGGUCGUGGCAGAGUCUCAUGAUGUCACAAAACCAGAGUACUUAUUAGAUUUUCAUGUCAAAAUCUGUGCUGUUCUAUCUUAAAAGUGACAAUUUUUUGAUGUACAUUGAGUGUGGGAAGAGACACAAGCCUGCAAAAUAGCUUCAUAGAGUCAUAUGCCAAGAAGAAUUGAAUGUGUUGACUAUUUUAAUCAAAUUUUAGCCCAUACAAGAAGCACCUGGCAAAUGAAAUUUCUUGAAUCAAAGACAUUUUCAACAAAGUUCCUUUCACAUUAAUGAAGGUUCUAACAAAACACUUUGGAUAAGAGAAGGCCAAAAUAAUGUCAUUUAAAAGCAGAAAAUUUUAAUAUUUUAGUGUGGACUUUAUUUCAUCAAAUUUCUUGUGUUUUUGCACAGCUGUAAAGCUGCGAAUUAUUCUGUUCUCUCCACAUUAAUUAUAAUAGAUAUAAUCUGCUUCUGUUAUUUUCCUCCAAGAGGAAUUCAGAGCAGAGAUGGAUUAGAAGCAUUAUUUUGAUCCAAUCACAAUAAAUUAUGAUCAUUCUCGAUUUUAGGAUUGUCAAGCCAAGUUUCCUUUUCUGUCAAAUGAUAUUACUGGAGGUAAUUUUAUCUCAAUCAAUAUUGUUACAGGGUCUGAUCCUGAGGAACUCAGUGGGCAGGAAUUGUCGGAGCAACACCAGCAUGAAGACAAACAGUGAGUUAAAAUGUUAUACAUAUUCUUGUUUUAUAAGGUGGAAGAGGGAACAAGUUAGCCAUUUUUGCCAUCGGCCCUCUGUUUCGUAAUGAUUUUGCAUGGUUCUUUUUAGAAAUUUCUAUCUCUUACAGCCCUAUCCUUUCCCUCCAUCCUUUGGAUAGCUAUGGCAAUUGUUUUAGGCUAAACUGGAUUUUUUGAGAUGCACAAUUAGGAAUUUAAAGGUCAAAGGGAUGUACUACAGUACUGUUAGUGCAGUUAUAUAAGGAGUAAGUUUCUUGGAUCACUGAUAGGGUUACAGUACCGAUAUUUCGCGGAAAAAAAAAAAAGUGCAGAUUUACAGGGGUAAUCGCGGAACUUGGAUCGCGGAAAAAACUGAUUUUAGGGUUCUUAGAAAAAGGAUUUUUUCUUGUCUUGUGCAUUAUUAAUAUUUCAGAGGAAGUUUAUUUAACGUUUUGAAAAGCUCUUUCAACAGUGUGUGCCCGAGAACAGGUAUUGAAAAGCUUUUAAACAUUAAAGUCAUUUUUUUAUUCUUAGUUUUGGCCCAAUAGCAUAAAUUUGCCCUUGUUGAAUAAAACAGGUCUAAUAGCUAAGAUAAGUAUUAAAUAAUCAUGCCUAUUCUGCAAUGAGUGACAUUAGGGGAACAUAUAACUGUACUACUGAGGUUUUCUUAGGGAGCAUUAUUAAUUUCAAACAGUUUAUUUUUUAGUUAAAAUAUUGAAAGUGAUUGUCUUUUUCUUAUAUUGAAUUUUAUCCUUAACAUUUUCCUAGCCAAAAUUUUGAAAAGUGGCAUUAGGGGGACUUACAGCUGUACUACUAAGGCCCCCUUAAGGAGGUUAUGGACAUUUUUAUUCAAUGAAUAUUUUCAUUGAUUGUUAUUCUUAAAAUUUUUCUAGUAUUUUAAAGGGUACAAUAUGUAUAAUAUGUCACCGGGGCUAGAGAUUUUUCUUAUUUUUCUUCCUUUUUCUUAUCCAUGUGAAGUGCAUUGAGGCUGGAAAUGCACCCAAUAAAAACAAAUAGUUAUACCUUAUUAUUAUUUUGUAUUAUUAUUAUGUACAUCUAUAUCCGUGGUUUGAAUUUCAAAACGUACUGUUUUGGGUAUUGAUGAGGAAGCAGGCUUUUAGCCAGACAUUGAAAACUGGCCAUCCAGAAGGCAAUGCUUUCCCAUAAAAUUUUAAGAGGUUAAGUGAACUUUCCUUGUAUUUCUUCCAAAAAUGGGCAUUUAUAGGACGUCUGGACACCCUUUUGGCUAAAACCUUGCGAGGAAGCCAUGUCGCUUUUGGUAUUUUACCACUGUAUUUCUGCUUUUCUCUUUUGCGGUUACAGUUUCAACCAUCUUUGUGUCGUUUGUUGACAUUUCUGUUUUGCAAUGUGGCUGUUUCAAGGCCAUGUUGCCUGUUGAAAUUUACCCUAACAGGGCCUCAGAGGAGGAACAAAGUUUGAAAGAAAGAGUCCCUGUGCAUUGUUUUUUCUCUUACUGAAAAGGGUCCACAAGCGUUUCCACCCACAAAAUGUAGCUACAAUCAUCGUCAAAAGUGUUGGGAAGGUUGCUUUUUUAACCUCUUUUUUCCCCCACCCCUAGCCCAAUGUUGAGCAAAAUGCUAAUGUUUGUGCAUGUAAAAAUUGUUCUGUUUCAUUGAAUAGGGGGAAGGGGGAUAUUUAGCAACAGAGGAAACUCUCUUUUUUGAGGAUCAAAAUGGACUACACUUGCUACAUGUAAGAUCCCUUCCCAGUCAUUUUGUUUGUAAAGGCUUUCAACUCAAGACUGAAAUUUUCUUGUUUAUGUUGAUAGACUAGAUGCAUCAUGCCAAGUUCCAGCUCUCUCCAAGUCAAGAGUGUUCUUCCUGAACAUAUCUUGGUUUGGGAUGAAUGUCAUGUACCUCAUUCUAUCUGUUGAAGGUGACACCUAUAAUGACAGCAUUUUAUGACUUAUAAUUGCACGUACAGCUGCGGUAUUGGUAUUGUACACUGUUUGUGUUAUUGAGCAAGUACAAGGUCAACAUGACUGGAUAUUGGCGACUGGUUAUUCUUGCCAUUUAAUGGAUCAAGGAAGAGUCAACAAACAACAACAACAUAAAAAACAAAAAUAUGGCCAUUGCUUAUCUAUCUUACUGAACAAGCUCGGCCAAUAAGGGAUUUAUUUUGUACAUAGCAAGAAAAUUAUUUUUUAUUGUUGAAUCAAAGUGGGGAAUCCCAAGCAGCCAAGACAGGCCCAUCUAAUUCUUUCAGGUGGCUAAUCAGAACUCAGGAUUUGCUUCAUUUUCCCAGUCAAUGUAACCUGCCACAAGAUCAAUGACAGGUCACUUCUACUCGUGAAGUUAAGUUAGUCACUAAAGAGGGUACAUGUAUGCAGCCUUAAAAUAGUUUGGGCACUGAAGCUGCACCUUAUAAUUGAUCAACCACAGAGAAAGAUGCUUUUGUUUCGUGUUAAUUGUACAUCUAUUUUGUUUUCAUUGUUAAUUCUCAGUUGUGCCAUCUCAAGUGUAUGCGCUUGUGGGUUCUGAAAAGAAAGGUCAAGUGUUGGGUGGUAUGGUGGCAGCAGGGGCUGGUAAGUUCUUACUAAUAUUAAUUUUUCAGUUUAUGUCCAUGUAACAAUGUAAACUUUCAGUCGAAAUGUCAGAUAAUUAAAUUUUUAUUGGACAGCACAAUCUUUGCUGAACAUACAAUUAUAACAAGAUGAACUUUACAUUCAGUAGAUUGAAUCCCAGAUGUGUUUAUACCCCUUAUUUCACUAACCUUCUAAAAUUGUGAAGAUAUCUCAGGGUCAUAUACAUGUACUACAUGUACUUAUUGAUAACCUUUAAAAACCCAAUUUUUAAGGCCUUGAUGGCAUGCCCGUUAAUCACUCAACUAUUUUUUUUGUUCCUUGAAAGUCCUUGAAGUUUUAUGAGCUUCGUGUUAUAAAUACUUUUACAGUGUAUAAUUUAUUGAAAACUUAGUUAUGGAACUUCUUUAUUCUCGUUACUUUAGUUGCUUUUACGUUUAUUAUUGUUUUACACAAUGCAUGUUGUGAAAGAUAGUAUUGGGUUUAAUUGGCAAAGUAAUGUACAGCGUUGCACAUUGUUCUUCAUCAUAAAAUUUUAUGUUAAGUAACUUUGGAUUCUGAUGACUUGUAUUUUUUCCUUCAGUUGUCACGUUUUUCUUAAGUCCUCUAGUUGGGAUGAAAAGGUAAAUACAAUUGUAAAUUGCUAAAUGAGGAAUUUCAUGACAAAUGUUUUGAAAAUUUCUGUCUUCUAAAAUAAUGUUUUUGAUAUUGUUUUAGUUUCUAUGUUUUUUUUUUAGGCAGAGCCAUGUUGGGGGUAAAUCUAGGCUCUAAAAAGUUUUCUCUGAUUGUCUGAGACAAAAAGAUUUUCUUUUGGACAAGUAAUUUUUUUAACCUAACUUCUGUAAUGGGCCAGGCAAGUCAUUGCUAAGGUAACCGAGCAGUUAUAGCUCUAGCAAGCUUGUCUAAGGAAAAGCUGGAGUUUUUAAUUUCCAGUUUUUAAUUUUCAUGCUUGAAAAAAGCUUUAAAGCAUUUUUCAAGCCCUGUAUAGCCUGUAUAAGGAUGGCCUCUGUCUUGAAAUGUGUUGUAUGUCUCUGUGUCAAAUUCUUGCAAAGGUUACUAAUGUCUUGUACAAAAUCAUGGGAAUAAAAGAGACUCGAAAAAUUAACUAUUCUUAAUGUAUUCAUUUUUGUUAACAGAUGUGUGUAACCUCAUUAAUUUUACCAACAACAACAUCUCUUAGACAGUGAGAGCUAGUAGAAAUGUGUUUGAAACCUUUGUUUAACAGUCAACUGUCAGUAGUCAUGGGAAGUUGAGUGUCAAUUUGUUUUUGUUUUUGAUAAUGAAGCUUUUGCCAGACCUGUCAGUUGUUUAUGGGUAUUUUACUGGCUCCUUUGUGGCUGUUUGAAAGGAAUGACACAAUUUACUUGCACAGUAUACCCUGUCCCAACUGACCCAAAACAGGCCCUAAAUACAUGUACUGUCUUACAUUAACUGAACAUUAGUUUUCUUUGCUUCUAGUGACCGUCUUGUUUCUCAAUUUGGAAAGCGAAGACCUCUCAUGCUUGGUGGUACUGUGCUACUUUGGUGAGUUGUGUGGUCACUCCUAGACUUCUUAUUUUCUCUUUCGACGGAACAUAAGCCUUUAAGGUUAUUUUAAACUGACGGCAAAUAUAUUGUUUAAUAAUGUAUGUAAAAUCCAUCAAGAGUGGUUUUGUACUAAGUGUUGUUUUUAGAUAAGAUGCAUCUUAUUUAGGAUGAAAUGUGCUGUUGAUAUGGAAUUUUGCAUCUAAUAUAAGAUGGAGAUAAGCUAUGUCGUUUUUCCUCAUAUAAAUUGCCUUGUUGUUUCAUCCAGUUCAAUUGUCAAGUUAUUUUUGUUGACUCGUUAGGGGCUGGAGAAGGGAAACUGAAGACAUUAUUCAUAAUCGUGAAUAUCAUUACGGAUAGGAGAGAAAUUUAGAACCAUGUAGCUUGAAACCAUUUUAACCUUGUUAGUUUUAUUUUAAACUAAUACAAUGGGGCCUGGUCUGUUUUAUCUUUGCAGUAUAUCUCUGUUUGGCAUGGCAUUCAGUGCCCCAGAUAUUGAAAGGUAGGAAUGGCUCCGUACAGUUUUUCUUUUUAGAGUACUCUUGAUCAAUCAGCUCUUUAAUAUGGUUCCUGGUCAUUGAGUUAGCCGGUCAAUUACUUAUUUAUGAUAAUUAUUAUAGCUGGUAAAUCAGCAGGCCUCAGUCAUGGUCAGUCCUGUUCUCAAACAGUGAGUUAAGUAAUCCUUCUUCACAUCUCGGACUUUGUCCUACACUAAUUACACAAUUUUUGUGACAUGAAAAUUGUACCCCAUCUUAAUCAAUCAGUAAAAACCAAUUAUCUGGUCUAUCGGUCUGUCAAUCAAUUAUUUAUCUCAACUAGUCAGUCAGUCAGGGCUUAAUUUUUAGCGGUGGUAAUUUUAGUCCAAAAAGGCAGUGGUCUAUCCAGAACAUGAUCUUGUUAGUCCUGGAGGUGACAAAAAUGCUAUAAAAAUAAAAUACAGUGUAUUUUUAUUGUGGUUCCAGAUGCAAAAAUAUGAAUUAAAGCAAAACAAAAUUUAAAAACCCAGUCUUGACUUUUACUUUUCGCUUUCUCUCCUCCCUUCUUUUUCGCUUUUCUUGAAAACAUUUUUGGGAAGGAGAACAUGAUCUUAGGAUUAGGUAUUAGGUACUGGGUAAUGGAACAUACAAGUACCAGCUUCUUUCUCCGGUGUCCUUGACUGAAUUGUGCUCAUUCAGUAUGAAUGCUGCAAAAAUAAAAUACCAAUAAUCAAUAUUUAUUUCAACUUUUACUAACUGCUUGCUCUUUUCAUUUUGAUUGCAGUGACAUAUCAAAUGUAACAGUAAGUUCAUUAUGAUUUACUUAAUUGUUUAGAUUCUUUUUAUCCCACUACCAUCGAAACCCUUACUGUCAGUUACUUGCUGUUGAUUUGUUGGUUCAGAAGUGUUUUUUCUCAUUUGAAGCUACAGUAAAGAGAUUUUAUAGAUUUUUUUUCUGAUUGUGAUGUCUUUCUUCCAUCAGUGUUCCAUAGAUUUAAGGCUGCGGCGAUGUAUUCCUUAUUUUAACCUGUCAGUGUUAGAGAAGCAAGAAGAUAACAUGACAAGUGAAUCUGAUGAAAGCUUCCUACUUAGUAUACUCAUGCAGAAAGAAGAUUCACGAGGAAAUAUAGGUUUGUGUUGACUACAUUUCCUUGCUCUAUGCAAUUUACUGGCAGUUUAAUACACAGAGGCACUAACUUAUGAUCAUAAGUCAAGAGCAGAACUUGCAGUGUACAUCAAACUAAUACUAAAAGACUGAAAGUAACUUUAGGUAUCUCAGAGGCACCCAAUAACCUUUUUUUUGUUUUAAAAUACAUGUUAUAGGUGUAACUGUUCAAAGGAGCAAAUGGUACCACUUAAAAGUCUGCUUGGAGAGGUUCAACUGGAAUGAAUUUUGUUUGCACCACAAAAUUUCUUUCUCAAACUCCAAAUCAAUUAAUAAUAUUUUUUAAGAGUACAUUGAUUGACCAGUAAUUAACUCUGAAAGUGAAGAAGUUACAUUCUUUAUUGGAGGUUUGAUUUAUUUUAAAUCCGUAUUGUUAAGGGUAAGAUUCCUGUGAGUUAUACAUAUGUAGAGGCUGUGGAAAUGUUUGGUGGUUAGUGAGAAGACAGGUAUUCAUGGUGGCAACAAGGGAUAAUCAGGAGUACUAAGCAUCAAUUUAAUCUGGAAAUCUUAGUGUUGUGUAUGGGUUUUUUAUGAGUAGCGAAGUCUCGUGUGUUUCUUUCCACUUUGGAUUUGGAGACGUUUUGGUUCAAGUGUUUUUCCCAGUUUCUGAACAAGGUCUUGGUGAGGGUUACAACUUGGUGUUACGGAGCACAAGUUUAUGGUAAUUAGUAUAUGCAUAUAUCAUGGUUUACAGAUAUUAAAAUACUAGCAUAUACUAGUAAUAACCUUGGUGAGCAUCUCAGUGAGUCUUAGCCUCUAACAGUGAGGCUAUGAUGAUAGUGUGACUAUAAGUCGCUUAUCAGUUACUGUUGUUGUGUAUGUUGUAAUUUGAAUAGAAGUCAAUUUCCUUUUCCAUAGGUCUGUACAUAGCUUUUUAUCUGUGUGUUAUGGCAUGUUAUUCCAUUAUGAGCGUACCAUAUAAUGGAUUAAUAGCUGAUUUGACACCUUCAUUUCAAAGAGGUAAGUUGUACACAUACCCUGUGGCAAUGACUUAGAACUGUUUGGUCAUUUUUAAUCUGUUAUUUAGUAGGGGUUGCUAUCAACUCUCAGAAAAAAAUUUAUAGAAACUUGAUACAAAUUAAUAAUGUUACUUAUAACUAGAUAAAGAAUAAAUUCGAAUUUAAAUAAAAUUAAAUGCUUUUAAACUAAUAGAUACAUGUAUGUUCUCUGAUACUGUAGUUGUUUAAUAUGGAAAAAUGUUUAACUGUACUUACAUGUAUGAAUAAAUGAUGUCAAAAGUUACUGAAAUUUAGUAAAUCACCGCUAUUGUUAUUCAUCCAAAAAUUUAAUGUGAGUAUUACAGUGUUCUUGACCUGACUACUGGAGUUUGCACAUUGUGCAAAACCCUGCUAGUAUAAAAGAGAGAAAAAUACUGCAUAAAUAAUAAUGAUGAAAGAAAAAUACAAUGUUGCUAUAAUAAUAUAUGAAAGUGAUUUUUCAACAAAGUUGACAAGCAACAACUUACGCAACGGAGUUUAAAGUGAAGUUAGUUUUAGGAAACAUUUACUAAAACCAACUUUGAAGAGAAUAUAAUUAAAAACACCAAUACUCUGACCCGUACUUGACUUUUGAGUUACUUUUGUAGUGGUAAUACCUUUUAAAUGUAAAUUAAAAACAAUUCUUAUAAAUUGAACUUAAAACAAUAAUCACAGGCUUUAGUUCCGGUGUUAUGGGGGCCAUGACAUUAGUUGGAAAUGUUACUGGAGCACUCAUUGGGUUUUUCUUUCCGGUGAGUAUUUACUUCGCACAACUAAUCAAUCUAUCACAAAACAACAAGAUUGAAUGUGAAUUGUUAUAUAAUUCCUUCUGAAAGAUGGAUUAAUAUUUGCAUAUAAUAAUGUAGCUAUAAAGAAGACAAAGUGUUAAUCCCAAACUUUAAAAUAGUUUAUUAUAUUUUCUCACAAUUGGAAGACUGUGAAAAGUUUAAACUAUUUCUAAUUAAAUUAUAACUGAAAUGAAACGUUUUUAACACAGAGAAGUGAAUUACUUUCAUUGUUGAGAGUGUCCAUACUGCAUGAAGUUUGAACGUCAGCGGAUUUUAGACUAAAACGUUUGAGAUCUAAUUGAUGAAUCUUUUCCAACUCAGGAGGAACCGUAAAAUUUCGACAUCAUUCUGAGAUCUAUAAGUAAGAGUGUAGACAAUGCGAUAAUCAUUUCAAAAUAACGCUGAAGUUUCUGAAUGCCCAAUUCAGGUGAAGAUUCUUGGCAAUUUGCUCAUGUGUGAAAAUAAAUACACAUUAAGGUGAAAUAUUGAAGUUGAUCCAUUUUCUUUUAUUAAAAAUGCUAUUAAAGAAGUAAUUUCUCAAGCUUUCCCACACAUAUUGAAAGAGAUUGAUUAUCCCUUUAAGUCCCAAUAGUGAUCAACAUCAAUUUUCUCCUAAGGAUAUCCAUAGAUUGGCAAGAGAAAAGGUUAUGAGAGUUAAUAAAAUGAUCACCAAAAAGAGAAUACCUUGAUCUUUUAUCAAAUUCUCUCAACUAAUUCUGAAAGGAAAUGUAUAUAGACCAGUUUGGAGAAUUUGUAUGUGGAUAUUAGGGCUUAAAGGGUUAAGUGUGGGUUUGCACCCAACUGGGCACAGAGUGCAGUGGUACCUUGCAACUUUGUCUCUGGGUUUUUUUUCCCUUAUAAAAUUGGAUGCUCCCAGUUUGUAAGGGAAUGCCCUGGGAAUGAGUGAAACAUGAAACUAUUUACACCUCGACUGAGUCAACUUGUAUUGAAACGACUUUGUAUCGAAAUGACCAGUAACCCAUACUUUAGACUAGUUUCCAUGCAGUAAUGGAAUAAAACAAAAGAAUUCUCCUGAAAUUCAGGGAUAAUAAAUUCAUUUAAUUUGUUUCACCAGUAUUCAUUCAUGACUUGGAGCCAAGUAUGAAUUUUGGUCUAUAAGGACAUGACUUACCCGACGUCUUUCUCUUUCACCCUGUUUUAGAAAAUUGGAAUUGUGGGUACAUACUCACUGGUAGCUGUACUAUACUUUAUAUGUGUGUUCCUCACAGUGGUAUCAUGUCCUGAGCCCCCUGUAAACGUGACCCAUAAGCCCAUUGGUGAGUAACGGAGUGAUAUUGUACAGUGCACAACAAUAUAUCAAAUCUGUGUGAAUUAAAUGCGUAGGCUUUGUUUCACUUGACGUGAAAUUAAAUGUCAAUUGGAAUCACUUCUGUUAUUACACAUUGGUAAUUCUGCUAUAGACAGGAAUCCUUAAUAGUCGAUAUGAGGUACAUUAAGUAACCAAUUUCUUCACUUUGUUCUUUAAAGAUGAUAAACACACCAUGCUUUCUCUUAGGAGGAGAGGGUUCUAUCUGGCCUGCUAGUAAUUUUUCUCUUGGAAAAGGACAAAUGACUGAUUAGGUCACCAUCAGGAGCAUAUAUAUGCUUCUGGUCACCAUUUAACUGAGACAAACCAGAAGAGUUGUCGGACAUACAUUAUGUUGACUUUUUUUCAAUACUUUUAAAAUCUUCAGCUACAAAGUGAUGUGAUUGUCUUAAGUAUCUGAUCUGUCCGGGUUACUUGUAUUUGUAGUUCUGACUUUAACUGAAUUUACUGUUUUUUUUUUUACACUAAUUUCUUGUAUAUGUGCAUAGAUGUGCUGAUUUGUUUUUUCACUUUUACUUCCUAAUACAGAAGUGUACAAAAAAAAUGUAAAUGUUUUUUUUGCACAGGUUUGAAGACUGUAUUUUUAGCUUACUGGGAGCCACUGAAAGGUGAGUGAAAACAAAAUAUAAGGUGACCAGUUUGCAAUCAUGUGUAUGUGUGAUAUAUUAUAAUAUGCUCUUUUUUUUGUUGUUUUUGAACAGAGAGAGAUUUUAGAUGGGUGUUUCUCACCAGAUUUCUCAUGCAGCAAGGUGUUGCUACAGUAACUGGGUAAGCCUGCCUGCUAGAUCUGCCUUGUCCCCAGUCGCUCUUGAUCGCUUAUGUUGAAGAGAAGGGAGAGACGGGAAGGGAAAAAUUUUUCUUCCCAUCAUUUCCCGCACGCGCUCCGCGCUCGCCCCACGCAUUGAAGUCCACACGUGCCGCUUCGCCUUCUAAAGGCCUGGGGAGGAAGCAGUUGGUGGAUUGACAAUUCACGACUUGGGUCAUUUUCAUGAGACUAAUGUAGUCUGCUGUCAUCCAUCCGUUUUCAAAAUUAUAAACGCCUUUAUCAAGUUUUGAUUAGCAAUCAAGUCUAUGUAAAAAGUCUAGUUUGCCCCAUGGAACUAUAUUGCAUUUCCUUGGUGACUUUAACCUUGGUGACUGUUAUUUAACCAGAGUGCACCGAUGUUAACAGCAUUCAGUGUACUUUUGGAUGACUUUCUGUGUGGUGAUUUUCAAAUUUUAAUCUUCAAUCAGCAAAUGGGUUGCGGAUUUUGACACACUUUUUCAUCACUAUUUUGGCGAAUUUUUCUGGGAGUGCCUCGUCUGAGAUCCGCCUUAAUUUUGUGUGCUUUUGUUUGUUUAUGAACUCAACAGGUUUUUAGAGUUUUGGUUAGGAGAUAUGGUGAAUUUACCAAACUGCUGGUCACCUGAGCGAAGUGUUGCAAUGCUUUUGCUCCCGAUGCUGUUUUCUGCAGCUUUAUUGUAAGUCCGGGGCACUUAACAGAACUUGGGGACAAGGAAAACGUACUACUCGUUCACUUACGAGUUUAUUGAAAUUUUAAAAACUUGAACGUUGAUAACAUAAUUAACAAUUAUUCCUCGAGCCCAAAUGGGCUCAUGAGGGCGAGAGGAAUAAUUGUUUUGGUAAAAUCCAACUAGUAGGUCAAAAAUAUCGAGACAAAACAACUUUAGCGAGCAAAACGCAAUUCCUCCGCCAUUGUUUUGGUUUCCAAAGCCGGCGCUUUUCGCUACUAGUGGGCUAUAACAUAUAGCCUAGUAGUAGCGCAAUCAAUCAGACCGCCGCAUUGAUAAUAGACCACUAGCUGGAUUUUACUGAAAAGUAAUAUGCAGAUGAGGGCGAACAACACCCUCUUAGAAAAAAUUUGAAAGCAAGAACUUAUCGUGGCAGAAAUGGCAUUCAUGAAAAUUUGAGCAUAAAAAAUUGGAGAUAAAGGUAUACCAGAAAAGUUGUUACAAAGAAUUACGGCUCUUCAGCAUUUUUGCCCCCUAGCAAUUCUCCAGCUUUUGGUGGCUGAUAUGUAUUUCGUUUAAUAUUGCCGGUAAAGAGUUGAAGUUUCAUCGAUUUGUCAGUCAACCAAUCAUUUCAACUCUAGUUUUUGCCACGACGCCUGCUAUGUAAAUUUAGCAAAAGCGUUUUUGAGUGACGCAAGUCAUCGGAGAGCGAGGCCUUUUUCUUUUUAAUAUACCGUGACGCUACAAGUUAUACUGGUGCUACAAGUUAUACUAGUGCUAAGUGUCUUUUUCCUUGUAGAGACAAUUUGCCCGAAAUUUGGGCAAAAUUACUGCCAAGAAUGCGAAACGCCCACUUCCGUUUGACGUGCGUUGCUCAAAAGCGUCUUUACUUACGCUUCCUAAUAUUUUAACAAAACCUUAACCAUACCGAUUUCACUCAUAUAACCCAGCUAUUGUAUGUCUUCGCGGAUAGUAAUCGCGCACAAUACUUUUUAGUUCUGUUAUAGGAGGGUUUCUCUCCGACAGACUGGGAAGAAGAAAACCUCUUGUGAUAGGAUCAGGUACAUUUGCUUUUUUUGUUCGCGUUGUAAGCUUGUUUUUUGAAGAGUUACAAAUUUGUCAACUUGUAAAAAUCCUAUCUGCGGUUCUCUUUUUCAGCAAUAUUAAUGAGUGUCUGUGCUGUCAUAUUGGCUGGAUUACAGGGGAAGUAUGCUUUUUAUGCAGCAAUGCCAGUGGCCUUGACUUUUGGUAAGAAGUUUAAAAACUUUAUACUUUUAUAUUCCGUUGAUGUCCGCGUCUAUGCAAAUCAUAAGGUUUUUUCUCUUAGAGCAGCUUUUUCACCUACACCUGUACUGACAAGCUUGGUUUGCAUCUGCUGAAAAAAUUACACGAUUACGGUUCAAUCAAAAUUCCCUAUGAGACCACAUCUGAAGACAGCAACGACAGCAACAAAACAAAAGAUAAAAAGAGCUCAAGUCCUCAUGGGCCAAAAUGUCGUGCUGAUUGUCAACACCCCCACCCCUCGCACAAAUCUUGAUGUUGCUGCAGAGUUGCUUUAGUUAUUGGGUGUAUUUGACAGUGUAUGUGAAUUCCCUUGUGCUUUCAGGGGUGGGCUUUGGAGCCUACUGUGCUGUAGAUUUUGCGCUUGUAAUGGAUGUACUUCCUAAUGACAGAGAAAAAGCCAAAGAUUUGGCAGUCUGGCAUCAGGUGAGUGAGUAAACUUUUAUUCAUGUCAAAACAGGUUUCGUGUUUGGAAAGCAGUGUUCAAAGCUUUCUUUUGAAAUUUUGAAGUUAUGAUGUCAAAUGCCAAAAUUUAAAAAAAAGAGAAAAAAGAAAGCUGUAGUACAUCUGCUACUAAACAGCUGUCAUUAUAAAUGAUCACUCUACUCUUCAUCAUCGGACUCGAGCGUACAGUGCACGGGAGGAGUAAACCUCACCAAAGUAGCCUGUAAGCAAGCUUUCCAUUUGAGGGAUCUGCGUGCGGCACGCGAAAGGAGAUGCGAGCCGCUUCUCUCGCCAUUCUAAAUGACGAAGUUGCUCGCAGGCUAUACCAAAGCAACUUUCAUUUGUUUGGUUGCAGUUAAAAAUUUCUUUAGUAGACUCCAGCUAAAUAAACCCCACUGAAAUCUUAGAAUUGUCCAUGUUGAGACUAGAAUAUGUCUAUUUUUUUUGCAGGCUUUAGUUCUACCACAAGCUAUAGCCACACCCACUGGAGGUAUCAUAUUGGACAUGUUUGAAAAGCUGAGAUGUGACAUCGGUCUUGGCUACAUCAUACUCUUUCUUGUAACAGCUGUCUAUUUUGUCCUGAGUGGAAUCUUUGUCUUCAACAUCAAGAAAGCAAAGUAGACAAGGAAAUAUUAGUCUGCGUGCUAACGUCUCAAAGAAAUAGGUGUUUACACUCCAGCCAACGCCUUUGUCAACAAAACUGCUCGGGUACUUUUAUGUUAUUCCGGGGUCUGGCUAGCCUGAUUCUUAAGCCCCGUUCACACCAAAACGGAGAUAGAAUUUUUUUUCUCCUUUUUAAUCCACCUUCCACACUAAAACGGUCGGCGAAAAAGGAAAAUUUUUAAAGAGGCGUUAAUAGUCACGUGAGAGCCGAGUCAGCGCCCGAUUAGGAAACGUUAGCAUUCUUUACCAAAUCUAUGGCCGAAAAUUUUCCGCAUUAGCGUGGAUGGUGGUAUUAUUUAGUAUUAUUUAGAACGCACUUGGAAUGAUAAUAUCCAUCAAUAUGGACGGAACAUUUUCACUCCUUUAUUGUUUUUUAGUUUGGAUGGUAGACUACGGGUAGUCCCCCAUUUGUCCUCAGGGAUAGUAGAGCGAGCGAAACGCGAUUGCGCGUGAAAAUCACCACACGCGAGAAAAGGCGACACGCGGCGGGGAGAGAGAGAAAUAAGUCAUUUGUAACAAACCCAAAGAAAAUUUCUUAUGGGAGUCAGAGAAUUCGGGGCGAAAAUGAUUGCCAAAUUUCACAAAAUUACAUCGUACACGUGAAACUUUCAGAAUUUUACCUGUGUUUGCACAGUUCUUGUGAGAUUUGACAUUCAUUUUCUCGGAGGUCCAUGCGAAGUUGUCUUUGGUGUUAUUACAGAUGACUAAUUACAUCUCUAGCCCUCGAAAAAUGGAAAAAAGAAUGGAAUAUUCUUUAAAUUUUUCUGGUAAAAGGUUUUUGUCCACUGAGAAUUAAAAUUACUCAAUUUCCUGGUGGAUUCCGUCUUAAAAUCUUAUGCCCCAUUCACACAUGUCAACAGAACAUCUUUAAUUAAACUAGGUUUUAAAAAGUGAAAAGAGACACGGAAUUCUGGAACACAGGUCUUCAA